AAGGACGUCAUGGAGGAGAAUCGUGGGAUCGUGGCCUCUCUUGAUUUUGAUGAAUUGGAAAACAAGAACAAGGAUGAACAUGACAAAAACCCCGGAGAGGAGAAGCCAUGCAAAAAUUUGGAAUUUGGAGAGAGCAGCAGUGAGAGUUCCUCUCUCACUUCCCAACCAAGAAUUCUCAUUGGAAAGAAACCCUAUCAGUGCAUGGAAUGUGGAAAGAGCUUCAGGAAAAGCUUCAAUCUCACUUCCCAUCAGAAAAUUCAUAAAGGGGAGAAACCCUAUCAGUGCGUGGAAUGUGGAAAGAGCUUCAGACAAAUCUCUGAUCUCACUUCCCAUCAGAGAAUUCAUACUGGGGAGAAACCCUAUCAGUGCAUGGAAUGUGGAAAGAGCUUCAGGAAGAGUUCCAAUCUCACUAAGCAUCAGAGAAUUCAUACAGGGGAGAAACCCUAUCAGUGUGUGGAAUGUGGAAAGAGCUUUAGUACAAGCUGCAGUCUCACCAAGCAUCAAAGAAUUCAUACAGGGGAGAAACCCUAUCAGUGUGUGGAAUGUGGAAAGAGCUUUAGUCAGGUCUUCCAUCUCACUUCCCAUCAGAGAAUUCAUACAGGGGAGAGACCCUAUCAGUGCGUGGAAUGUGGAAAGAGCUUCAGGAAGAGCUCGGAUCUCACUUCCCAUCGAAGAAUUCAUACAGGAGAGAAACCCUAUCAGUGCCUGGAAUGUGGAAAGAGCUUCAAUACGAGCUCCUAUCUCAGUUCCCAUCGAAGAAUUCAUACAGGAGAGAAACCCUAUCAGUGCAUGGAAUGUGGAAAGAGCUUCAUUCAGAGCUCCUCUCUCAUUUCCCAUCAUAAAAUUCAUACAAGAGAGAAACCCUAUCAGUGCAUGGAAUGUGGAAAGAGCUUCACUCAGAGCUCCUCUCUCACUUCCCAUCAUAAAAUUCAUACAAGAGAGAAACCCUAUCAGUGUUUGAAAUGUAGAAAGAGCUUCAGUACAAGCUCCUCUCUCAAUUCCCAUCAAAGAAUUCAUAGAGGGGAGAAACCCUAUCAGUGUGUGGAAUGUGGAAAGAGCUUCAGUUACAGCCACCAUCUCACUUCCCAUCAGAGAAUUCAUACUGGGGAGAAACCCUAUCAGUGCGUGGAAUGUGGAAAGAGCUUCACUCAGAGCUCCUCUCUCAUUUCCCAUCAUAAAAUUCAUACAAAAGAGAGACCCUAUCAGUGCGUGGAAUGUGGAAAGAGCUUCAGUAAGAGCUCCAAUCUCACUAUGCAUCAGAGAAUUCAUACAGGGGAGAAACCCUAUCCGUGUGUGGAAUGUGGAAAGAGCUUCAGUACAAGCUCCUCUCUCAAUUCCCAUCAAAGAAUUCAUACAGGAGAGAAACCCUACCAGUGCGUGGAAUGUGGAAAGAGCUUCACUCAGAGCUCCUCUCUCACUUUCCAUCAGAGAAUUCAUACAGGGGAGAAACCUUAUCAGUGUGUGGAAUGUGGAAAGAGCUUCAGUCAGAGCUCUGAUCUCACUUUUCAUCAGAAAAUUCAUACAAGAGAGAAACCCUAUCAGUGUGUGGAAUGUGGAAAGAGCUUCAGUACGAGCUCCUCUCUCAAUUCCCAUCAAAGACUUCAUACAGGAGAGAAACCCUAUCAGUGUGUGGAAUGUGGAAAGAGCUUCAGUUACAGCCACUAUCUCACUUCCCAUCAGAGAAUUCAUACAGGGGAGAAGCCCUAUCAGUGCUUGGAAUGUGGAAAGAGCUUCAGUCAGAGCUCCCAUCUCACUAUGCAUCAGAUAAUUCAUACAAACGUUGGAAAAACCAUUAUAUAGCUUUAGGAGCCAGGCAAAUCCGUACCUUGUUAACCAGGCCUUUGGCUGAUUGACAUCUAAUGCCCUUUUAAAAUGUGGUAGGGAGGGGGGUUACAGAUGUAUAUUUUGUGUUUUUAUAUUGUCUUUCUAUGUUGUAACCACCCUGAGACAUGUGGGAACAGGAGUCGACUUAGAGGCCGAUGGGUCUUUGCCCCCCCCCCAUAAUAUACAGUCGUACCUCUUGUUA